AUGAAGCGUCAAUUUCUCCCCAUCGACGCUCUUUCCGCGUGGACAAAGCUGAACGGCGUAUCCUUCGAAGGGGUCGAAGUCAGACGACUCCAUACGGAAGAUGGGAUUGGCAAAGGUUCUGCGGUAUUUGCCACGCGUAGCAGAGUCGCCAAAGACUUUGUACCCGGACAAAAUCAAGGGGCUGCUGAGCCGGAGAUACUGAUGAGUAUUCCGGCAGAUUUGGUUCUGUCUUUGAAUUUGGUAGACACAUACGCGAAGUCGGAUAUGGAUCUGAGGGAGGUUUUAGAUGCUAUGGGGGAGUUUGGGAGGUCAGCUCGAGGCGCCAUAUUGAUAUAUCUUCUCCUUGCGCUCACCCAUUUGAGUCAUGAUUCUUCAAACGAAUCGAAAGGUCAAGUCGGCCUAUGCAAUCCGUGGACAGGGUAUGUUCAAUUCUUGCCAGAAUCAUAUACCCUGCCGACAUUCUAUACCGACGGCGAGUUUGAAAUACUGCAAGGAACAUCAUUGAAACCGGCCUUGGAGGCUAAACUGGAUUCUCUUGAACGAGAAUUUGAGCAGUUACGCGAAUCGACCAAAGAUAUUGCCUGGUGCAAGACAAAUUGGUGGCACGGAGAGACUGGCAAGCUUACUUUCUACGACUGGAAAAUUGUUGACUCCAUGUAUCGGUCUCGCGCGCUGGAGGUUCCGGGAAUAGGACAUGCAAUGGUGCCUUGUGUUGACAUGGCGAACCACGCAUCGGGUGAGGAUACUAAUGCGAUGUACGAUGUUGAUGGGAAUGGCAAUGUCGUGCUCCAGUUACACUAUGGACAGAGGCUCGAGGAAGGCGACGAGGUUACCAUUACGUAUGGAGAUGAGAAAGGGGCCGCAGAAAUGAUCUUCUCCUAUGGGUUUCUUGAAGACACAGUCUCAGAUGCGCGGCAGCUGUUUCUCGACCUACAAAUUCCAGACGACGAUCCAUUGAAACCGGCAAAGCUGAUGGUGUGUGAUGAUCCUCCCGGCGUCCGACUUUUCUUAGCCUCGAGCCCAGGGAUGGUGACCAAAAUUAAUUGGGAAAGUCCUUUCGUUUGGUGGGCAUGUGUCAAUGAAGAGGAUGGCCUUGGUUUCGAGGUGGUACAGGCCAAUAGCGGUGAAAGAGAGAUAAAAGCAGCUUGGAAGGGUGAAGAGAUCGAAUCAUCCGAGAAAUUACGUGAUCUACUCCAGCGCGAACCGCUAUGGGACAUAUAUCAACUUCGUGCUACUGUAAUAGUGCAGGACCGGGUUGCCACUCAACUUGAGUUACUGCAAGAAAGCGGCGAAUACGUACAAGAAUGGCGUGAGAAAGUCGAUGGAGCUACAAUUCGGCCUUUGGUUUGGGACACCGUCAUGAAACUGCGUGAAAUUGAGAUGGACUUCCUUGCUAAAGCAAACGAUCAAUUAGAAGAUAGGAAGUUAGAGCUGGCAAACACCCCCGUAGUCCAACAAUACCUGAGACAAUAUAGCCCCGGGGCCGAUAUAGCAGAGGACUUUUCUUAAGGCCAUGGGUAUGACACAGAUACCGCUUAGACGAUUUCUUUUUCCGUCUUGGCAUUGGUCUCGAACAAUGAUACUCCGUACGGAGUACCCUGACCUAAUUUAGGGCUGAGAGCGCAUCCAAAGGAGAACCGG